AUGCAGUGCUCUACUAUUCUUCUGGCCUUCGCGUCAUGGGCGAGCCAAGUCGCUGCGAAUGCACAGCCUAUGCAAGAGCAUGAGCCUGGAUUGCUUCACAAGACACAAGCCAAGGAAUCUUUCUCAGAACCCUUCUACCCAUCACCAUGGAUGAAUCCUCACGCUGAGGGCUGGGAGGCUGCGUACCAGAAAGCUCAUGGCUUUGUCUCGCAGCUCACUAUCUUGGAGAAGAUCAACCUGACCACGGGUGUUGGCUGGGAAAAUGGACCUUGUGUAGGAAACACUGGAUCUAUUCCUCGUCUUGGAUUCAAGGGCUUCUGUGCCCAGGAUUCACCACAGGGUGUUCGGUUCGCAGACUAUGCCUCCGCUUUCACGUCUAGCCAAAUGGCUGCCGCAACAUUUGACCGCUCGAUUCUAUACCAACGAGGCCGUGCCAUGGCACAGGAACACAAAGGGAAAGGUAUCACCAUUCAGUUGGGGCCUGUUGCCGGUCCCUUGGGUCGCACUCCCGAGGGUGGCCGUAACUGGGAAGGAUUCUCCCCGGAUCCUGUUUUGACUGGUAUCGCCAUGGCUGAGACUAUCAAGGGCAUGCAGGACACCGGAGUCAUUGCUUGCGCCAAACACUACAUUGGCAAUGAGCAGGAGCACUUCCGUCAAGUCGGUGAAGCUGCGGGUCACGGAUAUACCAUCUCUGAUUCUAUUUCAUCCAAUAUCAACGAUCGUGCUAUGCAUGAGCUAUACUUGUGGCCAUUCGCUGAUGCUGUUCGCGCUGGUGUGGGCUCUUUCAUGUGCUCUUACUCCCAGAUCAACAAUUCCUAUGGGUGCCAAAACAGUCAGACUCUUAACAAGCUCCUCAAGAGUGAAUUGGGCUUCCAAGGCUUUGUCAUGAGUGAUUGGGGUGCCCACCACUCCGGAGUGUCAUCGGCUCUGGCGGGACUCGAUAUGAGUAUGCCCGGUGAUACCCAAUUUGAUUCCGGCUUGAGCUUCUGGGGCUCUAACCUCACCGUUGCAAUUUUGAACGGCACAGUUCCUGAAUGGCGUUUGGAUGACAUGGCGAUGCGUAUCAUGGCUGCAUACUUCAAAGUUGGCCUUACCAUCGAGGAUCAACCCGAUGUCAACUUCAAUGCCUGGACCCAUGACACUUAUGGGUUCAAGUACGCUUAUAGCAAGGAGGAUUAUGAGCAGGUUAACUGGCAUGUCGAUGUCCGUGCAGACCAUAACAAGCUCAUUCGCGAGACUGCUGCAAAGGGAACUGUCCUGUUGAAAAACAACUUUAAUGCCCUUCCCCUUAAGCAGCCCAAGUUCGUUGCUGUUGUUGGCGAGGAUGCUGGGCCGAAUCCUAAGGGACCCAACGGCUGUGCAGACCGUGGAUGUGAUCAAGGCACUCUGGCCAUGGGAUGGGGGUCUGGGUCCACCGAGUUCCCUUAUUUGGUUACUCCCGACUCUGCUAUUCAGGCUAAGGUUCUCGAGUACGGUGGUCGUUACGAAAGCAUCUUCGAUAACUAUGACGAUAAGGCUAUCUCCUCGCUUGUCUCGCAGCCAGACGCAACCUGUAUUGUGUUUGGCAAUGCCGACUCUGGCGAGGGGUACAUUACCGUCGACAACAAUUGGGGUGACCGCAACAAUUUGACUCUCUGGCAAAAUGCGGACCAAGUAAUUCGCACAGUCAGCUCGCUGUGCAACAACACAAUAGUUGUUUUACACUCUGUCGGUCCCGUGCUGUUGAACGACCUCUAUGAGCACCCGAAUAUCACUGCUAUCGUCUGGGCAGGCAUGCCCGGUGAAGAAUCUGGAAAUGCCCUCGUGGACAUCCUCUGGGGCAAAGUCAAUCCUGCCGGUCGCUCUCCAUUUACCUGGGCCAAAAGCCGAAAGGAUUAUGGCACCGACAUCAUGUACGAACCCAACAAUGGCCAGGGAGCGCCUCAGCAGGAUUUCACCGAGGGCAUUUACCUCGACUACCGCCAUUUCGACAAAGCCGGGAUCGAGCCAAUUUACGAAUUCGGAUAUGGUCUUUCCUAUACCACCUUCAAAUACUCCGACUUACGAGUUGUGAAGAAGCAUGUCCGACCAUACAGCCCUACGACCGGUACAACCACCCAAGCACCUACGAUCGGACAGCCACCCAGUGGAGAUCUGAAUACCUACAAGUUCCCUGCCGGCUUCAAGUACAUCAGAUCCUUCAUCUAUCCCUACCUCAACAGCACACUCUCCCUCCGCGCCGCCUCUGAAGACCCCGAAUACGGCCGUACAGACUUCAUACCACCCCAUGCACGCGACGGCUCUCCUCAGCCUCUCAACCCCGCUGGAGAUCAAGUCUCCAGUGGCGGUAACAGCAUGCUCUACGAAGAGCUAUACGAGAUCACCGCAAAGAUCACAAACACCGGCCACGUCGCCGGCGAUGAAGUCGUCCAGCUAUAUGUCGAUCUUGGGGGUGAUAACCCGCCUCGCCAGCUGAGAGAUUUCGAUAGAAUUCACCUGCUGCCUGGGCAGAGCUCGACUUUCCGGGCUACAUUGACGCGUCGUGAUCUGAGCAAUUGGGAUGUUAAGGCGCAGAAUUGGCGUGUUUCGGACUCGCCGAAGAGAGUGUAUGUUGGGCGUUCGAGUCGGGAUUUGCCGCUGACUUCGCGGCUGGAGUAA